GAAAAAAUUGAGGCCUCAAACCAGUUUGUGGCGUUUCAUUUCAUUCGCUUCCUCGGUAAUGAAAUGAAACCAAUCCCAAAUCAAUGUUUGAAUUGAAUUGAAUUGAAGGCUCUGUUCACGAAAAUUCAAUUCGAUUCAAACACUAUCCUCAUUCCUCAAAAAUCCCCAAAUCUGAAUCAGCACAACAAUCCCUUUCAUCGUAUCCAAACAUCUAACCUAAUCCAAUCCAAAAAACCAUUCAUUCCCACCCUCUCUCUGUGUUGUGUUCCUUUCCCUUUCGGAGUUUCCGUUGUUGUUGUUUGUGUCGGAGGGGAAGAGAAAGAAAGAGAGAGAGUGGGUAUGGCUAUUGCAGCAGCAGCUGUCGUUGUUCCAUUGGGUUUGCUGUUCUUCGCUUCAGGCCUCAUCGUUAAUCUCAUUCAGGCAACAUGCUAUGUCGUUGUAAGGCCACUGUCAAAGAAUUUGUACAGGCGGAUCAACCGGGAAAUAGCAGAACUGUUGUGGCUGGAACUUGUAUGGCUUAUUGAUUGGUGGGCUGGAGUUAAGAUUGAAGUAUAUACAGAUCAUGAAACCUUUCGGUUGAUGGGUAAAGAGCAUGCACUUGUCAUAUGCAAUCACAGAAGUGAUAUUGAUUGGCUUGUUGGUUGGGUUUUAGCUCAGCGUUCAGGUUGCCUUGGCAGUACUCUAGCUGUGAUGAAGAAAUCAUCAAAGUUUCUUCCGGUAAUUGGCUGGUCAAUGUGGUUUUCUGAGUAUCUUUUUUUGGAGAGAAGUUGGGCCAAGGAUGAAAGCACAUUGAAGUCAGGCCUCCAGCGGUUGAGUGAUUUCCCUCUUCCAUUUUGGUUGGCUCUAUUUGUAGAAGGAACACGCUUUACACAGGCCAAACUCUUAGCUGCACAAGAAUAUGCAACCUCCACUGGAUUGCCUGUUCCCAGAAAUGUUUUGAUUCCUAGAACUAAGGGGUUUGUUUCAGCUGUAAGUCAUAUGCGAUCAUUCGUUCCUGCCAUUUAUGAUGUAACAGUGGCUAUCCCCAAGAGUUCACCUGCUCCCACAAUGUUAAGACUCUUCAAGGGGCAACCUUCAGUGUUGCAAGUUCAUAUCAAGCGACAUUUGAUGAAGGACUUGCCGGAAUCAGAUGAAGCUGUUUCUCAAUGGUGUCGAGAUAUAUUUGUGGCCAAGGAUGCGUUGCUAGACAAACACAUAGCUGACGACACUUUUAGCGAUCAAGAGCUGCAAGAUACUGGUCGACCAAUGAAGUCUCUUGUGGUUGCUCUAUCUUGGGCUGGUCUGGUUAUCGCAGGGUCUGUGAAGUUCCUACAAUGGUCUUCACUGCUAUCGUCGUGGAAGGGUGUUGCAUUUUCAACUUUAUGUUUGGCUGUUGUUACUGGCCUCAUGCACGUCUUGAUCCUAUUCUCGCAGUCAGAGCGUUCAACCCCAGCCAAGGUGGCCCCUGCAAAGCCAAAGAACAACGGGGAACAACAACUAGAUGGUACGAAUGACAAACAACAGUAGAUUACAUACUUGGUUCCCAAAUCCAGAUCUUCCAUACAUAGAUUGGGACUUGAUCUACAACUUUAGUUGGUGUUGUCAUUUAUGUCUGUUUAGUGACUCAGGUAAUAUUAUUCAUGAUUUUCUUCGAAAUCUUCACCGUGGUAUGUCUUAAAUUCUUCAAUGCGGUGUCUUGUAUACUUAUCUAUUCGCUGAUUUCAACUUAAUUAGGAUUGGACCUGAAGAAAAAAAUUAAUUAUGAUAACUUUGUAUCCACGAUCUUGGAUGGCCUGUAAAAAAAUUCUGCUGCAUCUCUUAUUUUUCAUUGAAAUUAUUUGGCUCUUCUAGAUUCCACUUA